UUGAUCUCUCAUUUUCUUUUUUCAUAACUUUUGAAAAUUACUACUGCCAUGUGCAUCACAACGACCACAAGAAUGGUAAUUUGAGUUUCUUAAACGAGAACUUUAAAGCCGUCGUUGAAACGUGUACGGUGAAUAAAACAAAUAUGAAGCAGUUUUUAAUCCCGGCAAUUUCACGGAAGUGAAGACACAUGUUCGAUCGAGCAUGCGGCGGUAGAUGCUUCUUGCUCGUCAAUGGCUUCUACGGAGGGUCUGGUGCCGAUAACCAAGAGUUUUCUGGCUUCCUACUACGACAAGUACCCAUUUCCCCCUUUGUCCGACGAUGUCUCUCGCCUCACAACCCAGAUUCGUUCUUUGGCCGGCGAUUUGCUGAAGGAUUCUUCGCUUUCUGAAGGUGAAAGUUUAUUGGUAAAUGAAGCAGACUGCUCCCACAAAAUUGAUGAGAACAUGUGGAAGAAUCGAGAACAUAUCGAGGAAAUUCUUUUUUUACUUGAAAGAUCACAUUGGCCACCAUUGCUUCAACAGCAGUCCACAGCUGAAGAUGCUGAAUUAGCUUCUAUUAUUGAGCAGCUUAAAGUUAAAUUUCAAAACACAUUGAAGAUAUUGGAGUCUUUCCAAUCCAAAAAUUCUGAAAAUAUAUUCAACACAGUUAUGACCUACAUGCCCCAAGAUUUUCGAGGAACACUAAUCAGACAACAAAGGGAGCGCUCAGAGAGAAAUAAGCAAGUCGAGAUUGAUGCUUUGGUUGAUUCUGGUGGAAGUAUCCGUGAUCGUUAUGCUUUGCUGUGGAAACAACAAAUGGAAAGGAGGGCGCAGUUAGCCCAGCUUGGUUCUGCAACAGGAGUCUACAAAACCCUUGUUAAAUACUUGGUAGGAGUGCCACAGGUUUUACUAGAUUUCAUUCGGCAAAUAAAUGAUGAUCAUGGGCCCAUGGAAGAGCAACGGCAACGUUAUGGACCACCGUUAUACAGCCUUACAUCAAUGGUGCUUUCCAUUAGGCUGUUUCUUUUUCUAUCAUGGGGGCGUUUUGAGGCUAGGAAAUUAACAAGGCAUCAAGUUACGGUUUUGGAGCAAGCAGUUGACGUUUACACUGCUGAGUUUGAGAGGUUCAUCAAAUUUAUAGGCGAGGUCUUUGCAAAUUCCCCUUUCUUUAUUCUGGCAGAGCAUGAUGCUGCAACCGAAACAAGGAAAAAUGAUGAUUAUAAAGAGAUAACUGUUUCAGCUGGGAAAACUUACGAGGUUUUAUUAACGGUGGAAUCAAUAAACUCAUAUAUUGCUUGGGAUUUCUCCGUGACACAAGGCAAAAUGAACAUGGAUAUUGGAUUUAGCGUGGAGCAUGCAAAUCCUUCAGGUGAAAAAACACUGAUCCUACCUUACCGACGUCACGAAUCUAACCAAGGUAACUUUUGCACAUGCAUGGCUGGGAACUACAAACUUAUUUGGGACAAUUCGUAUUCAACAUUUUUCAAAAAGGUGCUGCGGUACAAGGUGGACUGUAUUCCUCCAGUAGUAGGACCAGUGCAGUCUGCAUCCGAAGCAGAAGGAUGAGAGGAACCUGUCCAGAAUAUGGCUGUUGCAGUUUAGCCCCAGUUCGUGCUUCCUCCUAAUUUCUGUCAUAUCCAUCUGUACUUUUUUUAUUUGUUCAUAAUCUUUAUCUUGUCCCCUGCAGUUGAUUAUUUCAAUUGGAUUUCCUUUAUUCUGAUGUGCCACGACUUAUGGAUGUAGAAUAUUUAAACUUGUACUCAAAUUUGUAUAUUAAUUGGAGCUUUGUAGAAUGAAUUUUAGUUUGAUCAUUGCAACCAAAGGUUACAAAGAAUUUCCAAGCAAA